AUGCUCCGCACGGCGCGAUGCGCGGGGGAUAUCACGGGCUGCUUCUACACCAGACAGGGCAUUGGAGGGCCUGGGACCGUCUGUGUGGUUGUCGUCACCGGCCGCUCGGAGAUACCGCGUUGCCUGGGACGAGGACAGACAGGAAAGAAAACAGAGAUCGGUAUACAUACGCCCGAAUCCAGCCGUGUGCCUCUGCGACUAUACUUCGCACCUCGCCUCACCAGCCACGAUCAAAUCGCGAUACUCACCAACGACCUUGCUGCCACAGCUCAAGCCCAAAACCAGGCCCAAGCCGAAGCCGGGCACGUUGCUGACAGACGAAUGUACCUAGUCAAACCCGUCAGCAUGCACGACAUCCCAGAAACCGGCGCGGCCGGCCAGUGCGCGCGGCCGCGGGCACGACGUACCGCAAGCAAGUGGAGCCUGCCUGCCGCCAGCACAGAACCGAACGCUUAA